UCAUUUUAACUAAUUGCGUUUAAGUAGUAAACCUUUUUAAAAAUGAUCGCACGCAACUGUAAUUUUUUGUCAUUAUAUCUCAUACUAACAGUCAACAUUAUGAUGAUUGGAUCAACAAGCAAAAUUUCGCCGUCAUAUUCUGUUAACAAAACAUUUUCUCUUUCAUUCGUUAAUACAGUGAAUAACUUGGACACUUACAACGAGAGAGAAAUAAAAUUUAGUGAUAGAGAACUUACAAUUCUGACAACUCCCGUUCAGAUUACCAACGAUACCAGAGUUCGCAAUAUGGUGUUUGAUAAAUUUGACAAGAAAAUCGAAGACAUUAAAUGUACUUGCUCUUCAAUCGUGAAAACGAAACUAGUGUACUUGACCAAUAUUCUGGACGGGUUGCGAAGUGGAGGAGCUAUAGAAGUCGCAAUGAAUAAAUUAACCGAAUUAAAAGAAGAAGCGGGUCUUAUGGUCUUGAUGUUUCAAAGAGGCCAAGUCAAAGCGGGUAAAUGGUUUUGGAGUUAUUUUCUCAAACUCGUGGCAAUCAUUGAAUACGAGAGCAACAAAAAUGUCUUUGGGAAAACUCCUUUCGGAGAAGAGGAAUUACAAAGUGAUAUUACAAAUUUCUUAAAAUACUGCAAAAAUAAUAAAUACCUUCCCAAUAAUAGAACAGAGUCUGAUUUGGCUUCAAAAAAUUCCAAUGUCGCAUAUAACAUUUUUCAAAAACUUCGCACAUCUGUAACUAUUGCUGUAGAUUAUGAUUACAUCAUGCAAUUCAUAUCGAUCGACUAUUUGUAUCUAAAAUCAUUAUGGGAUGAAGACGAAUUACUGUUUAGGAAAAUUACAGGCUCAGCCAUAGAAUGGAGGCCAACAAUAAGACGUCACGCAGUCGAAGUGAAUAAAACCAAGGAAUACAUUAAAAACCGCCAAUGGAUAUUACGACCUUUCGGACAUUUAAGUUAUCACAAGUUGAUUAAACAAAUUAUCAGUGUGAGGAUGUACACCUUUAUGUGGGUAAUGUUGGUAAUAUUUAACAAAGAAAUGCCUAAAAUGAAUCUCUUCCAAUUAAAACUUUUGUAUGAAGAGGCAUUGGACACAAUUGAUAUGGUACACAGGUUUAUGCACUAUACUGAAACAAUUUAUUCUGAUGUAGUAGCAGAGUUUCGUAGUGCAAUAAAUGAGCACCAAAACAACUUUGAUAGCAUUAUACCUAGAAUAUCGGUAAGAGUCAAAGAAAUUUUAGUUGAGUUAAAUGGAUGUACUUCAAAUGGGUGCGAUUGGAUCAGUGUUGACAUAAACGAGUUUACCUAUGCUAUGAUACUGCAAUAUCUUCAAGAAUUUAAGGAUAGCUUUAAUCUUCUAAAAGAAAAAUUAACGAAUUUAAACUAUGAGCUUGCGUUAAGUAUUCUUGUCGAAGGAAAUUGAUGUUUUUCGGAAUUGCGACAAAACCAUUUAUCUAGCUUUACACUUAUGAAUGUUAUACCUCUCGCUUACUUCAUUCCAUACUUGUGCUACAGUAUGCCUGUCAAAUUCGGUAAUUUUUUCAUUUCUUAUAAAUCCUCAAAAUCUUUUUUGCUUUUUUUUUUUUUUAGUUAUUUUAUUUUUACGAUAUGUCCGUGAUAUGUCGUUUUAACUAUUAAACAUAAUGGUAAUUUUUUUGUUUUAAAUGUAUAUAUUGGUUAUAAGGAAUUGAUGUAGUUAAGGGAAAUGGCCAAAUAACGUUUCUCAAUAAAGAUAUUUUGUGUUGAGGUACAAAUAGUUUUACAAUUUACUGAUUAUAAUAAAUGAUGAUAAUUGAAGAACAACUAUGGAAAAUAAGUUUGAGUUUUUGGUUAAUUAAAAAUAUAAUAGUUACAAGCAUAGUAAUGGUGUAAUUAUGUAGUAAUUAUGUUACAGUUAAUUUUA